AGCUCCUGUUCAUCUAUAGAAUGGUAACUCACAACCCACCCACGUAUGACGACGGCACACCAUAUCCCAUUUUUGCACAAGGGCUUGACUGGGCGUUGUUCGGUCUGGCAAUGUGUCCCGUUCCCAUCGUCUUUCUGUGGAGAUUGGUCAGGUCUUUUAUGGAUCCUUCAGUCACUAGUUUCAGGAAGGUAAGCAGUGCAAUCCAGUGGAGAAAGCAGGGUAAAAAAAAAAUAAUUAUCGUCAAGCUGGCAAAAACAAAUGUGUGACCAACAUUUAAAAUGAACUUUUUCACUGAAACUGAUUAUCACUAAGACCCUGUGAGUGAUCUAGGACUUAGUCAACUGUUAGAAAAAAAUUCCUUUUCUAAUUUGAAUAAAUAACUCUAUAUGUAACCAAUUAACAUAGUUGCAAUUUGGUAGGACAUUGUCUUACUCUUAGCCAUCUUUUAUUUUAUGUUUACCCAGCAUCUUGUUUUUAUAAAUGUUUAGCAUUUCGUCCCCUACAGCGUGACAGUAUUUGUCCUGACAGUGACCUGAGAGAUACCCAUCGCCCAAGCCCUAAGAGGGUAUCAGAAAAUGUUCAAGAUGCUAUAAUAUGCUACAUUUCGUCCUCAGAGGUUAUCCUUCAUGUUCUCGCCUACUCCAGAGUUUGGCCCCAAUGAUGGCGUGCUACGCACAGAGCCCUACCGGUACAGCAAUUCAUUGGUCUCAGGCCUCGCCUGGAAGAAACAAGAGAAGAUGGGCUAUGAACAAUCCCAGUGGUGUUACUAACCAUGCUGCUGUGAACAGUGAAGAUAGGGUACAAACAAUCCCAUUGGUGUUACUAACCUUGCUGCUGUGAACAGUGAAGACAGGGCACAAACAAUCGGUGUUACUAACCUUGCUGCUGUGAACGGUGUUACAGCUAGGAGAGAAAGAGCCACCUCAACAAUAUUGGCGUUGGCCAGUCGUGUUGGGUCAAUGAUUAAAUUUAAUUUUUUUAUAAAAAAUAAUAAUUAUUAGUUUAAACUUUUUUUCCCCCUGUGGCAUUUAUCACGGUGGCUUAGCGUAGAGUUUUCUUUUUU